ACGAGUCGGUGUUUACAAUGGCGGCGUUCUGCUAAUUGAAAGAAAAUGUGUGAUUUAUAUACGUAGUUGCAAGGAACAGUCGUAGUUUUGCUGAAACAAGUCAGAAGAUACUUCUUUCACAAUGAACAAUAGAACCUCUUAUUUUUACGACCCAGACGUGGGCAACUUUCAUUAUGGUGCUGGUCACCCCAUGAAGCCUCACCGUUUGUCUCUGACUCACAGUCUGGUGUUGCACUAUGGACUGUACAAGAAGAUGAUGGUGUUCAAGCCAUACAAAGCGUCUCAGCACGACAUGUGUCGGUUCCACUCUGAAGACUACAUAGACUUCCUGCAGAAGGUCAGCCCCAACAACAUGCAGGGCUUCACCAAGAGCCUCAACACGUUCAAUGUGGGAGACGACUGCCCCGUGUUUCCAGGUCUUUUUGAGUUUUGCUCCAGAUACACAGGAGCCUCCUUACAGGGAGCCACACAGCUCAACCACAAGAUCUGUGACAUCGCCAUCAACUGGGCCGGAGGUUUGCAUCACGCCAAGAAGUUUGAGGCGUCUGGGUUCUGUUACGUCAAUGACAUCGUCAUCAGUAUUCUGGAGCUACUCAAGUACCACCCUAGGGUUCUGUACAUUGACAUAGACAUUCACCAUGGCGACGGCGUACAGGAGGCCUUUUACCUGACCGACCGCGUCAUGACUGUGUCCUUCCACAAAUACGGGAACUACUUUUUCCCGGGAACGGGUGACAUGUAUGAGGUGGGAGCAGAGAGCGGUCGGUACUACUGCCUCAACGUUCCUCUCAGAGACGGCAUCGACGACCAGAGCUACCGGCAGCUGUUCCAGCCGGUCAUCAAGCAGGUGGUGGAUUUCUACCAGCCGACCUGCAUGGUUCUACAGUGCGGCGCAGAUUCUCUGGGCUGCGACCGGCUGGGCUGCUUCAACCUCAGCAUACGAGGACAUGGCGAAUGUGUGGAGUUUGUAAAGAGCUUCAAGAUUCCUCUGUUGGUCCUGGGAGGAGGAGGCUACACCGUGAGGAACGUGGCUCGCUGCUGGACCUUUGAGACGUCUCUGCUACUGGAUGAGUCCAUCAGCGAUGAGCUGCCUUAUAGCGAGUACUUUGAGUACUUUGCUCCAGACUUCACGCUGCAUCCCGAUGUGAGCACCCGGAUAGAAAACCAGAACUCCAGACCGUACUUGGAGCAGAUCCGUCAGACAGUGUUCGAGAACCUGAAGAUGCUGAACCACGCGCCCAGCGUCCAGAUCCACGACGUUCCCUCCGACAUGCUGAGCUACGAGCGCACCGACGAGCCCGACCCCGACGAGAGGGGGGGCGAGGAGAACUACACCAGGCCGGAGGCAGCCAACGAGUUCUACGACGGCGACCACGACAACGACAAAGAGAGCGACGUGGAAAUUUGACACUCGGGGACGGAAGGAGCGGAGCUUCUUCCUUUUCCUCGCAGUGUCACGUCGUCGCUGCAGAGUGACCAGAAACGUCUCUGGAAGGACUGAAAAGACUCCCCGAGCUCCUCUCUUUUCACUCUUUAGGUUCUCUUUCUGAAAUCAGCUGCCCUUCACGCUGACAUCACGCUCGUUUCGACUCAUCGGAACAGUAACGGGAUGUUUGCACCUUGUACAUAACGUCAGUGAGCACACCUCCAUUACAGCAGUAUUCCCAUUUCUAUGCGGGUUUUUCAAAUAUUGUAACAGA